GAAAAUUUUGUAAUGGCGGACGUCCUAACCCGUUGAUGGUUACAGAGAGAAACCUGAGGAUAAAUAGCUUAAUCCGUGUUAGAUCGACGAACACUUGGACUUGUGUCCGAACGUAGGAUUUUUGCGCAGGGCUGCGUGAACAUUUUAAAGAGAGAAGCGCAGAAGAUGUCGAUAAUGGAAGGGACUUUGUGGAAAUGGACGAACUAUCUAAGUGGUUUGUAAUAUUUUAUUUCACAUCUCUGCUCUUUUGUUGUUGUUUAGAUUUUGUUCCGUGUUGUAACUGAAUUUUAUAAGCGUGAUCUUGGUCGCUUCUCUUUCCGACUUAUGUAAACUUUGCCUUUUUUGUCAACAUUUAGACGUAUUUGUAAAGAAUUUUUUUCGAAGUGAUAAGUUACUAUGAAACGAUGCGUUGAUUUGUGAUUUUCCUAUUUCAUAGUAGAACGGCUUUCCUUUUAAAAUAUGGCGUUUGUAGAUAGACGUCUUCUUAAUAUUUCGGUGGCUUUUCAGAAGAAAAUGUCAUCAGAAAUUGUUUAUUUCUGUUAAGACUGAGACUUCCUUAAUACACAUGGGAGAAGUUCCCGCGGUUUUGAUCAGCGAAAUAAUUUACCCGGACAUGAUAACUUAUUUAACAUUACGGAAGAGUCAAACAAAGAAAUUCAUUAUUCAUUAAUUUACGCCCGGAACUACUUCACUUGCCGAGUCAUAGAUUAAGCGGUUUAGUGAAUUUAUUUGUUGAUUUAAUGUAGUGUGUACUGUAUUUACCACACUCUCUAGGUGGUUAUUGUGUAAAAUGAAAAUGUCCGUGCUGUUGGGAACUUACACGAAAGCACGGAAACACAACAUGGCAAUCGGAAACGGUUAUUAAAUUUCAGUUUUGUUGAAAGGAUCUAUUUGAAAUCCUUUGUCAAAGGCCAACCAUGUUAUCAUUUUCCUGGAUGCCAGAAAUAACGUAUUAAUGACAGUGUUUUAUCUGUUUUACAGCUACAAAUGUAUGUUGUCCUUUAUUGAGUAUUAUUUUCCCAGCCAUAAGCUUUUUUCUGUGCAACUGUACUUGUAGCUACUGCUAUUUUGCUUUCACCAUGGAAGAUCAAAUUUAUAGAUCAAAAGAACCUCUUUCCUCAAAGGGGACUCAGAAUUUCUUCUUUGUCCCACACUUGUGACAAGGUGAAAAUCAUCUUUCUCUAUUUCUUUACUGAGCUUAAUUACUUACCAUCUUUCUUACUCUAUUAACCCUUUCACUCCCAAGAUCUAAUUAGUAAUUCUCCUUACUAUCUGCCAUACUAUUCUUAUGAUGUUAGUUCAGAGAAUUUGGUAUUGGAUCAACUAAUAAUCCCAUAAUUCAUAUUCUUCUCUAUUCUCAUCACCUGCCUGCUUGAUAUUGUAUUGAUAUUGUUAGGAGAAAUUCUGUCUUGGUCACUUAUGGGAGUGAAAGGGUUAACAAAACCUCUUUCCUGUUGACAUUCUUGCCUUCCAGUUAUGGUGUGAUGCUGAUUUUCAUAAAAUGCUUAGUUCUUUUUUCUUCACUCACUCAACUAAGGAAUGUAAAGAGUAGGUCUUUUGGCAGUUUUAUAAGUGAACUCCCAUAAGUGACCAAGGAAGAAUUUCUUCUUACAAGAUAUAAAUCUAUUGUCUAAAGUUGGACACUAAUAUCUAAAGUUAUACAUUAGUGUCUAAAAUUGACCACUUGUUUCCAAAAUCGGACUCUAAGUUUGUCUAAAAUGUGACACUAGUUUCUUUAAACGGAUGGUCCUGUCUAUGUUUGGUGUGAAAUAUCGCUGAAUAUUUUCAUGAGCUGUACUGUAUUUUGACAAGCCCAUAGGAUGUCAAUACAAUCAGUGAGUAAAAAUACUCAGAGAUACCGCACAUGAAAACAUCCAAUGAGUUAUUUGUUAUCCAACUGUUUUUUAUGGGGGACAAGUUUCUAAAGAAACUGUGGUGCUGCGUCAGUGGGAGAGGAUAAUAGUGUAAUUUAGAGUUAUCAACUGAGUUGAAAAUGUAAAUUGGCCCCCUUAAAAGAUUUGAAGGCUGAUGUUUCAAGUAUUAGCCCUUUGUCAGAGCGAUUGGCAAUUGGUCAAUGGCUCUGACGAAAGGCUAAUGCUUGAAACAUCAGCCUUUAAACUAUUUACAGUGGCCAAUUUACAUUUUCAACUUAGUUGAUAACACUUAAUUACCCUGUUUUAUUAUGAGAACAUUUCUUUUAAGCAAGAAAAGCAACUAGAUAGAUAUAUCACUAAUUCUCCCCACUGGUAAUCACAUGAUUCUUAUAUUGCUGUUUGUGAGAAUUUCGUUUUGUAAGAGUAAAUUUAAUUUCUUACGCAGGAACACAACACACUGACCUGGCCAGGUCUUAAACUCUGAUCUUUCCACUAGUGUCCAGCGAGAUAUUUAUAGGCCUAUGCAUCUCCCACACAUAUUUCUUGGUGAUUAUGAAUACUUAUUAAAUUAUUUAGAAAAAUUGGUUUUGUGGUUUUAUUAAUUAUGUUUUUAUGCUCUUUCAGGUUGGCAGCCCAGGUGGUUUGUCCUAGAAGUUGGAGUGUUGGCCUAUUACAAAUCUCAGGAAGAGGUUGGGCUUGGAAGCAGAGGAUCAGUGAAAAUGGCUUGUUGUGAAAUUUCAGGUAAAUUAUUAACUUACAAACAGUUAAGAUAUAUUAAAGUUCACAAGGCAACCAGGUGGACAAUUAGAGAUGGUUUGAUGCUACUCUGGUUUAAAGAUUUAGUUCUGAGUUAAAUUCAUUAAAUCUUUAACCCUUUAACUCCCAAGAUCACAUUAGCAAUUCUUCUUAGUGUCUGCCAUACAGUUCUUGUAACGUUAGUUUGGAGAAUUUGGUAUUGGAUCAACUUAUCCCCUAAUUGGUAUUUUUCUUUAUUCUUGUCACUUUUCUGUUUGAUAUUGUAUUGAUAAUGUAAGGAGAAAUUCUGUCUUGGUCACGCAUGGGAGUUGUAGGGUUAAACCAGAGUAACAUCAAACCACGUCUAGAAACAGGUACUUAGAGUGUGUGGCACAAAAGAAAGGGCUCUAAAGUCAGUGUUUAACUUAUUCACCCUGCCUUGACAUAGCUUGUCAGAGUUUAACUCAUGCAUUUCACCUUGAUAUAGCUCCUCAGCUGGCUCUGUCCUUUGAAUUUCUCUCCCAAAAGUGCUAAAAUUAGUAAAGAUUGCAUAAUGGCAUGAGAAUUCAUUCUUGCUUUCAGGUGCAUAUAUCACAAUUUAAAUGAUAAGCUGAUUGAUACAUGAAUUUUGAUUGAUGGACAGACUUAAAUAUGAUGUCACCAUUGACAACAUUUGGGUUUCUUAUCAUAUCAAACAAAUAUGUUGCCAUGGGUCUGUAUGGUAAUAUAUCACAGAAGAUGCCAAAUUUUGGUAAGAACUGGUAGCUUUCCCCUCAUAUGCCACCUUUUUGUUCUUACCACAUUUUUCAUGUCAUCUGUGAUCUAUUACUGAAAAGACUGCAUGGCAAAAUUGAAUCUAUUCGUGAAAGCAAAGGAUAAGUAGAGUUCAAAAGUUGUAUGAAUUAUAACCAAAAGGAACACUUUUUUUCGCAAAGUUCACAAUCAAUAUUAAAGAAUAACAUCAGUAUACCCUGAUCCCCAUGCAGUACAUGUAAAUAAUCCAACAAAACCAUUUGUUUAGUACAUCCUACAGAUGCUGUUCGAAUUGACCUGAAGAUUCCCCCGGACCAAUACAUUUACCUUAGGGCUGCCACACCAGCUGAACGACAACAGUGGUUAGUUGCAUUGGGAACAGCCAAAGCAUGUCUGACAACAAUGAAACAUAACGGCCACUCAGAAGUGCCUGGAGAAUGUAAGAAAUUGUUUUAGAUACACCUUUAGUGUGCCUUAUCUGUUGUGAUUCAAUUUUGCCCUUAUUUUAAACAUUCUUGUUCUCCUUGUGGUUGAUAUGUUGUUAAGCUUGGUUUUGUAGAUCAGUGAAUGUUUAACCAUAUGUCUCAGAAUGUAGGGUCAGGUUAUUAAUUGUUGAUUGCAAUGUUUCAACUGAUAUACUUAUAGUCUUUGUCAGGCAAUGAGGUCAAAGGUUAAAUAUGCAUCACAUUUAUAGCACCUUGGUUUGCUGAUAUUGGUGUGUUUUAGUACGCUGUUAUUGGUGUGUUUUAGUGCGCUGUUAUUGGUGUGUUUUAGUGCACUGUUAUUGGUGUGUUUUAGUGCGCUGUUAUUGGUGUGUUUUAGUGCGCUGUUAUUGGUGUGUUUUAGUGCGCUGUUAUUGGUGUGUUUUAGUGCGCUGUUAUUGGUGUGUUUUAGUGCGCUGUUAUUGGUGUGUUUUAGUGCGCUGUUAUUGGUGUGUUUUAGUGCGCUGUUAUUGGUGUGUUUUAGUGCGCUGUUAUUGGUGUGUUUUAGUGCACUGUUAUUGGUGUGUUUUAGUGCACUGUUAUUGGUGUGUUUUAGUGCGCUGUUAUUGGUGUAUGUCAAUCCUCAUUAUUAUUCCAACUGCUAGAUGUUCUUCCCUCAUAUGCCUGUUUAGUGUUUGUUUGGCUGAUACACUUUUUGAUGAUGGGAAUCCAUUGUUCAGGAAUUUCAAUUCUUUUGUCUCUAUUAAAGUCAUUGGGAUGAAGUCUUAAGGGGGAUGAAUGAUAGAACAUUCACUUAUCAUUCUCCCUAUUAGUCAUUCUGAGCAAUGUCUUUUGUUAACAGCCAUGAGCCAGUUAAAGGAGAAGAUGCAAGAGCUGAACAUGUAUCGCAGUUUACUACUGCAACAAAUCAGCACCAUUAAGAUGCUCUGCAGCAAUAAAGAGGACAACCAGGUACUGAAAUAACACCCUGCAAAUCCUGCCUUUGAAGAUGCAUUUGAUAAUUGAGUGACUAGCAUCUAAUUUCUCCCUACUUUAUUAAACAUAAAGGACACAAGAAUAUUGGAUAUGAUAGUCAACUAAAGGAGCUCUAGAUUAUUCAACAAAUUCUCCUUGUCCUUACCAUAGGAAAUAUACAGAGAACGGUGGUGAGAAUUUGCAUACUGAUAUAGGGGUGUAAAGGGUUGCACAAUGACAUGUAAUUGUGUUUCUUAUCCAAAAAUCUCUUGAAGCAUUACUUAAUAUUUUUUUUGGUUAUUUUUGUUAAGGAAUUUGGAGAAGCAGCAACCAUGCUAUCUGCAACUUGCGAUGAAUUUCUCAAAAACAUUUGUGACUGUAUGGAUUUAGCAGAAAGUAACUUUGGUGAGUUAUUAUUUCACAUCAUAUAACUUCACUGACAUAUUUACCCUAUGCUGGUGUUUGUACUUGUACUUGUGAUUGCAUUGCUAGUACAAACUGAAGAAAGUUCUAAAUUAGUUUUUCUCCAAUCACAUACUACAAACAGCAGCGCAGCAUUUAAUGGAGCCACUGGGUCGCUUGGUGGGGAAUAUUACUUGCUUAUCCCAUCCAAUCUAGCCAAUCAGCAUGCAUGAAAAGCACUAUUUGUCUGUCUGUUAUGUGCUAAUAGGAGAUACAUAUUUUUCUUAUUGCUGAGUCAUUUCUGAUUUUUCCAGGGAGCUCCUCAUCUUCACCAUCUUCACCGUCAACUUCCAUGAAUAAGGUGUGACAUAAACAUUAAGUGAAUGAGGAUCAACAUCAGUAUCUAGUAAGCCACUGGGCACCUACCCCUCCCCUGACCCAACAACAGUCAACUGAUAACAUGUUAGGGUUAAUGUUGGGUCAGGGGAGGGGUAGGUGGGUGAGUUGUUGCUCAGAUACUGAAAUUGAUUGGUGAAUGAUUAAAAAAUAAAUUAAAAAAACUUUUUUUGAAGCCGAAAAUAUUUAUUUACCAAGAUACUAGUUUACACUUGAUUUGGAUCAAACAGUAGGUCCUGUCCUUAAACAGUUUUUUAACAAUUGUGAACAACUUUAAAGUUCUCUUUUUGCAAGGAUCCAGAUUUUUUUUGGUAGAAAGUGAGUGAGGUGAAGUAAUGUCAGUGAUAGUGAAUGAGUGAUUGGAAUAACUGAAUUUAUCUUUUCGAUAACAAGACGCCUGGAGGCAUUAACGUGGGGUACGUUGGUCGUUGUCUACAGUCACUCUGGUUUUACGUGAAAAAUGAUAAAUUUAAUGUUGAUUCUUCAAAGUACGGGAAUGAAAUCGAAAAAUAAAGGAAAUGAAAAAAAGUCAUUGACCCUUUAACUCCCAGAUCAAAUUUGUAAAUCUCCUUACUGUCAACUAUACAAUUCUUGUAAUGUUAGUUCAGAGAAUUUUGUAUUGGAUCAACUAAUUAUCCUUAAAUUUAUGUUUUUCUUUAUUCUCAUUACUUAUCUGGUUGAUAUUGUAGUGAUAUUGUAAGGAGAAAUUCUGUCUUGGUCAGUCAUGGGAGUUAAAGGGUUAACACGGGAUGUUAUAUGCGAUCACCCCUCCAAAAAUUAUCCCCAAGCAACAAGGCGUAACCUAAGUGAGAAGCACAAGCACGAGGCUAAUUUUCAUAUCUGACUACAACGACGCUGAAGCGAAUUCCCAACGUGGUCUGCCACAAGCAUCCCACAUAAUUAAACUGAUACAUGUUAUUAUUAUAUUUUCUUAUUUUUAGACUUUGACAUCAACGAAGCACAGUACUUUUCAAAAACAAUUACUCCAUGAUGGUCAUAGGUAAGACCACUUUGUAAGAGUGAUUAACAUCUUACUUCUCUUUACAGUAUCACUGUUGAAUAAAGCGUUGAGGAUGUGAGAAUAUGGAAAAUGAUCACCAGCUCAAAAUCGUUGAACCAAAUUCUUCAUAUCAGUACUACUGGAAAUGUAUAGAGAACAGUAUGGAAAAUAUGUUUUAGUUCGAAAUAUCAGUUAUUCACAGUGACUGUGAUACAUUUAUCAUGAUUUAAGCUCUGAGAUUUUGAUGUUAAUCCGCAACAAUAUCCGCAAACUGUUUUUUUUAGAACGUCAUAGUAAAAAUGAUAAUCAUGUACGUGAAAAUGUUACGCGCUUCUGAUCGGCUGAGAACGAGUUCGCAUUAACAUGAGUGCAAAGUACAAGAAGCGCGCGCACGCUUUCAAAAUUUCGUCUGUCUGGAGUUUCGGAGAUGUUUUUUUUGUACAUUAUUAACAAGUGGUAACUUGAUUUCUCUUGCAAUUUGGUGUAAAUCUUUCAAAGACUACAAAUUGCACUUGCUCUACUAGCACAUGCAAGUUUGGUGUCUUUGAAAAAUUUACUCGUGCUUAUCACGCCAAAUUGCAAGAGAAAUCAUGUUAUUACAUAUACAUAUUUUCAUCUUACAGGUCUGCAUCCCCUCCACCAUCGCCAACUCCAAGUGUUGCCAGUUCAUUUAGUUCUACUUACAAUGGUAAGUAACGACCCUGAUUCCACAAAUUCCCUAACGAACCUACAGGGCUGGUUUGGAGACCACAGCUACCACAGCAGUCAAACGUCGAGUAUGCGCAAGUGGAUAAAUCUUGCCCGGCCGCUCGCCAAUUUCCCGCGCAAAAUUUUUGAGGAAAACCAACGAAGCAUCUUGCAAAUGUUAUAAGAACUCUGUUCAAGGAAGUGGGAAGAGGAAAAACGAGAAACUUUUAAAACACGAAGUUUUUCUAAUGCGUGUAUCCUGCUAAUGAACCAUUUUUAUUUCGAACUUGCACACCUUGACUUACUAGCUUGUGUGGCUGUUUAUGACCCUUGUUACACAAUUUCGUUUUGACAGGCUGAGAGAACGCCUCAUAGUCAGUGCAACACCGGCACAUGCGCAGAUGUAUGACCACUGAGUUGAUUUUUAUGUCACUAUUGUCAGAAAUACAAAGCUGUUUUUUUAUUCCAGGACCACCAAGCGUCACAACCGUAAGCGACCAAUCAGUUCACAGCGAUAGAAUGACGUCAUCAGUUACCAAGCAGCUCACGACCCAGACUCCUAACCAAGUCGUUGGGAACCGUUCUUCAACAAAUUCCUCUGAGCAUAAUGAUCGCAGGCACGUGCAAGCUAGCGGAGUGUCGGCCAACCCCAGCCUCAAUCAUAAGGCGAAGUAUAUUGAAUUGUCUCGGAAUUCUCUCGAUUCACAGUCGUCGACUUCAAAUUCAGAGGAAGUUAAGGAGGAACCUUUAACAUUCUUCACUAGUGUGCAAUUUAGGUAAAUUUGAGGGAAGUAAGCAUUGUGUUGAAUUUAAGUUGGUUAAAAUGCUUUUGAAAACAGCCACCUUGACAUCACUUACAGCAUUAUUUUUCUGCUUAUUAUUUUGUAGAUUUGAGAACAUUCAGUUAGGACCAGACAAUGGUAUUCCCACUAAACUUUUUCUUUCGUCCUGUUCGUGUAUCCUACCGUUUCUCGGUAAGUAGCAACACCCUUUGAAAUUCUCACCACAUAGGGAAUUUUUGGUGGAAGGCUCGUGUAACUGAAAUAGUUUUGCUUUCUAUACCAUAAUGAAGCACUAUUUAAGGACACCGGUACGUUGGAACCUGGGUUAUCCUUGGCUUUCCUCUUCAAUGAGAGAAUCAAACCCUUUUUUUUCUUUCUAUGCUCGUGAGAAGUGCUUGACAUCUUGCAUAAAGUUUUUAGAUAACCUUUUACCCUCUAAGAGUGACUAGCAUCUAGUUUCUCCUUACAAUAUCACCCCUGAAUCGCACACGAAGGUCUUGAGAAUAAAGGAUAUGAUCAGUAACUUAAAAAGCUCUUGAUUGUGAAACAAAUUCUCCUGGACAGUUCCUAAGGAAAUACAUAGGAAACAGUAUGGAGAAUGUGUAUACUGAUAUUAGGGUGUAAAGGGCUAAAGAAUAAGCCCGUGAACGUUGGACAUGGGACUUUGGAGCGUGUAAACACACUAUGAAGCGACAAUGUUCACAUGAAAUGGCUUCAGCUUUUCAUAUAAAGUUGCAUCUGUAAAAAGGAACGACAAAAUAUACUUUUGCUUCGGACUUCCCCUUUUGUAGAAUGGUUGAUCGUUGGUUGCUGUCGUAGCGUAAACCCAGAGCCAAUUCAUAAACAAUAAAACAAUACAGUGCAUGUUGGCAAAUAUGUUUUAGGCCCAACCCUCUGUCAUUUAAGCCCACUCACGCGAGCGGGCUUAAGUACUCUUCAGCCCACCAACAUCUCCAUUUUAGCCCGCAAAAUGCGUCACAAUGCCGGAUGAAGUGAUGAUAAUUUGUACUAAUUGUUGUGUUUUUGCAGAUGUUCUUGGAUCAACUGCAUUUGCUCCUGUUAAACUGGAUAUCAGUGGGAAUAUAAAAGUAGGGAUUUGAAACAAAGCUUUUUCACUUAUUUUAUGGUGGCUAUCUAUAAGUUUAUUUUCGUCAAAACAUAUUAGGCCAACUGCGUAUGUGUGAAGUGUGAAAUAAGCUUACUAAUCACAUCGUAGCAUACUAGUUUUCAACAAAUCAAAAUAAAGGGAAAUGCCACAAGGUGCGAGUGACAACGCAAAGUUAACAGACUACGUUUAGCGCGGGAAAACGCGGAUGACACAGGAUAGCGUGAGUUUUCUAGACCAAUCAGAGCGUAGUGCCAUAAUAACCAAUGCAGUCCCGAGUUAUUUUCGAUACUCAGAUGAAAGUUGCUUUACUAAGUUAUCGAACCAAAUUUUGUUUUAAUCUAUUGCAGAAACUCGAAGCUAAACACGAUACGGAUCCGAAAGCGUUUGUCACGCUGCAAAAUAUUGUUUACCAAGAACUCAAAAGCAACACGUGUACUGUGAAAAACUCAGCCACGGACGCGUUACUAUGGUUGAAAAGGUGAAUAAAAUAAAAACUCUUCAUUUAGUCAGGAAAUUACUUGGAAAAGUUUUGGUUGACAGUGAAGUUUUUUCGCUGUGUUAUUGUGUCUAAAAGAUCAAAGGUGGCGUCAAACCGUUAAAGUAAGGAUGUCUAUCUGAAGCGCUUUUUGCAGAUGAAAUUUUACCGUAGACAAUUUUUUUACCAAAUAUUUACGGUUAACGGUCAUUUACCGCUUAAUACUGGUUGCCCUGCGUCAUUCACAAGAUGUGAAUACUUGUGUAAGACGAGUCUCUUACGUCGUCCUAUUAAAAAUCUAUUUCAGAGCUUUAGAGUUCAUGCAAGUGUUUCUCGCUGAAGUUGUUCGAGGAGAAAAAGAUCUCGCUGUAGCGGCAGGUAAGGGUUUUUUUUUUUUUAAUUUCAUCCACAUUUCAUGUAAAUAAAGGUCGAAAAUGACUGAUAACUUCUCUCCAAUUGUUUCAUUGGCUCACCUUCGUUUAUUCCCGAGUGAACCUCGUUGAGUGUCAAUUACCAAAUAACGUCAACGACCAAUCAGAACAAAGGUACUAUUACAAAUAGCCAAUGAGGACUCUGAAUCAAAACGGACGCACUGCCUUAACCCUUUAACCCCUGAGAGUGACCAGCUUCUAAUUUCUCCUUACAAUAUCACCCCUGAAUCAAAUAUUAAGAUUCAUAAGAAUAUAGGAAAUCAUCACCAACUUAAGUAGCUCUCGAUUGUUAAACAAAUUCUCCUUGUCAGCACCUUAGGAAAUGUAUAGAGAACAGUAUGGAGAAUAUGCAUACUGAUGUUAGGAUAUAAAGGGUUAAGCGCGAGGGAAUUACGAAUAGUUUUAGUUUUGCAUCUAAUCGAGAAUUUGAGACGAGUUUGUACCAAUCAAGAGAGAAGUGAACGGAAAACCAAAAGAAUGUAGCCCUGUCUAUCUUGCGACGCCCAACUGUAAAUUGCCCCAGUCCUUCGCCGUGAUCAACUGGAGUGUUAUUAGCAGUUUCGGUCGCGGUCAAGCGCCUUUCCAACUGAACCUUCUAUAGAGGUCCUUGGUAAUUUACUGUGCAGUCGUUCAAUGUUUUAUUCCACGGGCUAGAGUUUAAUUAAAAGUUACUUCUCAGGUACGGCUUACGGCAAGACGCUCAGAAGAUAUCAUGGUUGGGUCGUUAGAGGGGUUUUCGCUGUAAGUAUAAGAAGAUUUAAUAUCGUAAGACUUUUGACAUUUUUUUUUUAAUUUCUGAAAUCAUCACGAAGGUUGGAUUAUUGCUUGAUCAUUCUACGUGAUUUAUUUGUAGUUGGCAGUUAAAGCGGUGCCAUACAGAUCGGAUUUUCUUACAGCUCUUGCGACCACUGAAAAGGGCUUGGCCACUCACAAGGAUGUCAUACGGGACAUGAAGAUGUGCGUUGAGGGACUGAGUCGAUUUACGAACAUUAUAAACCAGUUAUACCGGAAGCACAAACUCGAUUCGGAGGAGACCGUGUAACGACGUCACGCUUCAUUUCGGCGGGACCGUUCGUGACAUUGUCACGCUUUUCCGCCCUGGUCACGCAGACAUACGAGGCUUUUGUCCUCGUUCUUAUGUAGUUAAUCACAUAGCUAGCUCAAAAUUUAUUUUAAUAAGAACUAUUAUUAACUAAGUAACAUAAGUAUUUAAGAACGACAGUCAGUAUAUAUAGAGUUAACUUUAGAUCUCGUUGCCUAGAGAAUGAAUAGAGUCAGGAACCCAUUACUUAAUGGGCUCCUGAUAAAGUAGUGUUCAGAGGACUCCCCCUCUACCGCUGUGAACUGGGUUCCAUUUCCAAAGGUGGCGUGAAAUGUGUGUUGAGAUUUUUGCUGGUUUUCGUUGUUGUGGUGAGGAUUUUUCUUUGGAAGCUGUGGUUUUCCUCCUUCUCAAAGCACCAACACUACAAAUUUCAGUUCGACUUAAUUCGUUAUCAGACUUUCCCUGGUUCUUCCCAAGCUGUUAUUGUUCCACGCAGAGUCUUCAAGCUCAGUGGCAGUUUCCAUUAGCCCUAUCACUCUCAAGAACUCAUCAGAAAAUCUCCUACUGUCUGCCAUACAAUUCCAAUGAUGUUAGCAGUUAGAAUUUGGUGUUGGGUCAAUUAAUAAUCCCCUUAAUGAUAUUUUUCUUUAUUCUCAUCACUUGCCUGCUUGAUAUUAGAUGGCAGUUGUGAGGAGCUUUGUGUAUAGAGCAUUUGACCGUAAAUAUAAUCAUUUUCCUUCGUUCGUGACAAAAUGUUUUUCUUUAACAGGCUGGAGUAAUUGUUCAAAAUCUCUUUUUUUUCUAGUUUUUACUGACUGUCGCUCGUAAUAUAUUGAAAAAAAUCAAGAUUUACCCAGAUACUAUAAAUCACAUUAGGUAAUUUAAAUACUGUUGGAAAUUUAAUUUCUUUUCAAUCGCCCAAUAGUUCAAUUUGACAAAAACGGUAAUCACACAAUUACCCUUGCCAUUUUAAAUACUAGUAUAACAGGUAGUUGGCAAAUUAUAGAUCUGAUUGGCUACACGAUGUCUUUAUUGAUUGGUGCCAGUCUCAAACCGCGCACGAUCAGUGAAAAAGUGAGCAAAGUUGCAAUUUCCUCGUCCCCUGAUCUUAUCGGCUCUUUUCAGGUAAGGCCUAGGCAUGAGAAGUGGCUUCUAAGAAACCUUAGGGGUCUGGGAACGAGAAUGGCCGACGCAGCAUGAUAUCGCCCGGAAUCAUGGUAUUUACUCAAAACUACAAUUGAAUCUAGCAAAACAGGAACGCUAUUAAUUUUGUUGUAGGGAAGUUUUAUAAAAAAGCAUUCAGGGAAAUGUAUCGUUCAAACUAACUGUACUUAAGUAAAUCAAAAAAUUAAAACGCUAUCAGAUGGUAACGGUUCGGUG